AUGCCAGAGCUCAAAACUUGGUUUGGCACCGAAAAUGAAACCAUCAUCCACAAGAAAGACGAGCCGCAGACUCCAAGCAGCGCAAGAGAGAGACGCUUUCGAAGGGAUGCUGAGGAUGGUGAUGCUCAUUCAAGACCGACUUUUCGCUCCACGCUCCAGCCAUCUCAAAUGGGCAAUUUCAAGCAUCAAUCUCUGCGUGCAAAUGAUCGCGAGCGAGAGAGAGACCGAGAAAGGGAUGGUGACAAAGAAAGAGAACGGGACAUGCGGGAUAAAGAAGGCCAAGAACGUCUUCGCCAUCUGUCGGAUAAGUAUGACCGCGACAGGCUUGCGCUGCCCCUGUCCAGUACAAGAAACAAGGACAGAGACGCAGCGCCUCACCUAAAUUCGAAUGCAAGAGGACUACAAUCCGCACCUUCAAAUGGUACCUCACGUCGGGGUGAAACUCGCGAGGCCGGGAAGAAAAAAGUCGGUGAGGCAAGCGAAGACUGGAGAAGAGGAGCAGAACCUCCGAGAUCUGGUCGUGAGGAUCGUGCUGAGAAUGGCCGAAGAGACAGGGAAGACCGCGAAAGAGCUAGGUCGCGGGCGCGUGACCCUUCUAGGGCGAAACGAGAGCUUUCAUCAUCAAGAAGAGAGCGCGACCGGGAUGAACCUCGAGAAAGACUACCCCGUGAGGACAACCGACGAGACAAAGAUGAAUCCCGGCGGGACCGAGAACCUGAUGUUGAUGAUGACCCUCGACGUUGGAGGGACGACGGCAAACGUGACGAGAGGAUUGCUGCACGGAGAGACCGGGCACGGAACUCUCAGGAUCAUACCCUCGAUACCGACCGACGCUGGGGUCCUGGGGACGAGCGUGACGGUCGUUACAAGCGAACGACUGGUCGUGAGCGGAAGUCAGGUAAUGUCGGAGAUGAAAACAAAGAGAAGGAGGACAGACGGGAGAAAGAAAAGGAACCUGCAUGGAUGGACACAUAUAUUCCUAGCGAGUCAAGUCCUGGAAUCCUUGGAGGGCAGGCGCCUAGUGGGGAACUUGAUGGAAUUCAGGCGUGGAAGAAGGGCAUGAAGGAGAAGGAAACGAAAGAGAAAGAGAUAAACUCGGCAAGCUCUUCCAAAGUGAUGCCUGCAACCUCCGCGUCGCCACCUGCUGCCCCGGAACGCCCAGCGAUGGAUGAAAUCCAACUGUUCAAAUUGCUGAUGAAGAAAGAGGAGGAGAAGAAGAGGACGGAUGAGAGUGCUUCGGCGCUGUCCAAUGAAGGAGAUCAGCAGGGAAUGCGGCAGCGGCAGCGCAAUGCUGGAGAUGAACCUCAGAAUCCUCUAAUUGUGUCAGCUACUCUGGCGAAAGGCGAGCCAAGUCAUCCACAACCUUUGCAGCCUAUUCUGCCUCCCAUAGAUUUGUCCGCCAUGUCUCUAGACGCGCCAUCACCUUUCUCUCUCGCUCCAAAGGAAGCUAUUCUCCAGUCUUCAGGAAGAGGACUUCCACAAGACAGUCAAGACCGAAAUCUCCCUAGGCUCUUUGCCAAUUCUAGCACCCCGGAAUUGCAGGCUAAUCAGGGCAAGCAAGCAGUCGAUUUCACGACUAACAACGCGGGGCCUCCUGCUGGAUCUCGUCUGCUUGCCAUGCGAUCGGGAUCAAAGCCUGGUACUUCUGGGAACCCCAUCCACAACUUGCCAACACUGAAUGGUGGCCUUCAGAAUAUCACGCCAGACGUUACCCAAACGUUCCCCAAGAAUGAACCCCUACGGCCGCCGUCAGGCUUUUCACCGUUCGAUGAUCAGAGUCGUCAGUCUUUCGCGUUUGAAGAUCAGAGAGACGUUGCUAUACCUUCUAACCCGGGGCAUCUCUCUCAUCGACCAUCGUUGGACCACGGUUUCAAUACCAGCGUCAAUGUUCAUGCGGAGACGAACUACAAUGGAGUUUCAGGCAAGGGAAGCCGUUUUGCCAAAUUCUUUGAUGGAAAAUCGCGGGAUGGACCUGUUGCCCCGAACAAAACACAGGCGCCCGGCGGGUAUCCCUCCCCUCCGAAUCAGAACCCAAGGCAAGAGCACGGUAGCUUUGGUAAUGUGGCUGCAAAUCCUGGCGAACAUCGCUCGAUGGAAGAGUUGUUUGCUAUGCUCAACAGCUCUGCUCAGAGAGGACCCCUGAGUCAAUCUAAUCCUAACCAGCUCCUUGGCAACAAUGGCACUUUCGGUGCGCAAGGACCCAAUCUACACGCGCUACAGCGGCAGCACCUGAUCCAGCAGCAACAACAUGCCAACACGCGACUAGAGGCACUAUACGAUAGUCGAGGAGAUGACCGUAGUUUCAUGCCUGAUGGGUUAGUUCCCGGCCUUCGACCCAUUCCUCCCCCGCCUCCGAGAGGUCGGGAUUUCAACGAUUCGCUGGACGAUUCUAUGCACUUUAACCUCCAACGCGUCACCCAGCAGCAACCAUUGCGCGGUCUUGAACCACUUUAUUCGGGACCAACACCUCAGCUACUGGCUCAGCAAUCGGGACGUCACGGUGGCGGAUUGCCGCUGCAAUCUCUACAGCAACCUCCUUAUCGAGGAGGUCCGUCUCCUGGAAUGAAUCAGGCAAAUUCCAUCCCCAACGGUCCACAACAGCAACAAAGGCUUCCCCCUGGUUUGGCAAAUCUCGGCGGACGCCCUCCGCACGAGCCUUCACAAUUCAUCGGCCUUCCAGGGCUCCCCUCUGUCGGGCCUCAGCACAAUCUUCACAAUAAUGGUCCCUUGCCGCAGCAGGUGCCCUUCAACAACUUCAACGUUGGAGUUGGUAACAGCGUCGGCUUCAACAGCUCGCAAGCCCGUGGACCAGGACCUAGCCUUCAGAAUACCGGAGGCCAGCAACUCCCUCUCGGAAACUUAGGCCAUCCCAAUUUGGAUCCCCGACUCUCGAAUCAUCAUCUCCUGGGCCUUGGAGGGUCUGGUGUCGGCGGAAAUCGAAUCAAUGGCGGCUUCCCGCAACAAGGUCCAAACGCCCCAACCCACAUCGCCAUGCGCCCUCAACCACAGGCUCCACAACCUCAUCUGCCUCCUCAUAUGUUACCUCAGUCGCACUUACUUCCCCCUCAUCUCCAGCAACAAGGCCAUCUCACGCCAAACACCCCGACCAACCAAGAUUUAAUUGCCCUUCUCAUGGGAGGUGUUCACCGAGAAUAA